AUGCCCCCAACAUGGCGAUUAGCCAUUUACAUCUCUCUCGCUGUCUUUACAUUCUUCUAUCUCACUCUCACUGUAACGUUCUUUUAUAUCCGCCGACACAAGAUAGAUGAUUUCAAAUAUCGCCCUCUUCGCUUAAAUCUCUUAAGCGCCUUUGCAACAAUCAUGCUAUGCGUAAUGUAUUGUCUACGAACUGCAUUCUAUCCGAACGAUUAUCCCUGUCUCCUCAUCCAUUGGCCGGUCCAUAUUGGAUAUUGUUUAUGGUGCUCUGCCAUCGCUUGUCGCGCGCUUUCAUUCGUAUGGACUGCUAGGUUCAACUUGGCAAAGUUACAAAUGAAUACUGUAUAUAGAAAUAAUGCAUAUGAGGGCACGGUUGCGACCUUACGGGACGGGAAAAAGCGAGCAAUCGGGGGCAGCAAAAUGUAUAGAUUGGAUGUGAGUGAUAAAGAGGAAGAGCCUUUGAUACUGAAAAGAGUAAGAAAAUGGAGACAUGCAGCAACCGAUAAAUGGUUGGCGGAAAGGAUCAUCUAUCCAGUAGUCGCCUUUUCCAUUGCUAUGGCUUUAAUCGUGCAAGCUUUUUCGCCCGAACUCGGUUUUAAAGCGGUUCAUACUGUUUGUCCAACGACUACUAUUUCAUCGGUUCCAAUCACCACUGUCAUCGUAACUUUUCUUUUAAUCAUAUGUCCCUUCCUUUGUUAUUUACUUCACGACAUCCGAGACGCUUUCGGCUUGAAGAGAGAAUUGUAUAUAGCAAUGGUGUGCGGAGCGGCCGCGUGUGUAGGAUAUUUCGUUUUAGAAAAAGUUGCUACAGCAGUGCGUGAAUAUUUUGGUAGCUUCAUGUUUUCAUGGAUUUUCUUUAUGCUCUGGCACACGAUAUCUAUUACUACGCCACUGGUGCGGUCGUUUAAAAAGAAAGAAACUGUCGAGCUAAAACCAGACGCAUCUUCAAAAUAUCGGAAUUUUGUUGCAGUAUUGGAAGACCCUGAUUUGUUUCCGCUAUACAAAGAAUGCGUGGCAGCAUGCUUCUGCACAGAGUUAAUAGUCUUCCUUGAAGAAUACCAAGUUCUAAAAUCUCUCGUCGUCCAAGCUUGCAAUUCGACCCACCAGCCGACUCCAUUAUCCCCAGUAGCGAUAAAAGAAAAGAAAAGUCUCAGCUUUGCAGACAUCCCUAGGCGCGCCGAACCUGCUCAUAAUCUUGUACAGACACCAUGUACAGUCUCGAUCACUGACACCGUGCCAGAUUUAUCAAAAAUCCCAAUAUCGCAAGAGCUGUAUGAAGAAUACAUGAGAUUUUAUUACAUGUUCUUUGAUCAAGAUUCUGAAUUGGCAAUUAAUAUCCAUGGGCCGACGUUAGCGGAAGCAAAGGCUAUAGUAGGGGCAGGAAGGUUUGAGAUUACAAUGUUUGAGAAGUCCAGACACGAGGUUUUUGAAUUAUUGUAUUGGAAUACUUAUGAUGCGUUCUUACGAAUGUUUGGCGACGAAAUUACCGAG